AUGGACGACGAAACAGCAGAAAUUGAAUUGCUCGAGCAAAAUCUCAACAAGACGCGGCAAAUAUCGCAACGGAUGACUUCGAUCUUGUCCAGUUUCGAUGCACGCCUCGUCAAGCUCGAGAAGUCCAUUCUGCCGUUAUACAACUCGUCUCAAAUUCUGACGCGAAGAGCUAAGAAUAUCGAAAGUGCCUUGAACAAGAUCGACGAAAUUCAUGCCUACCAGGAGGGUAUUGCUGCAGAGGAGGCACUGGUUCUUCGCGGUCCACAGCCGGGUCAGCUGCAAGCAUACAUCGAGAUCGUUACCCGCAUGAACCAGACCAUUGCAUUCGGCAGUAUGGACCUUGGAGCCGGCGAGACCGCCCGCCUCGUCGAGACUGGUGCAAAGAAGCUCAUGCAACUGUAUACGAAGCUCGUCGCCGAGGCGUCAUCUGGCACGCCCAUCAACGGUCCUGACUUCGAACCUAUGCCCUUUCCACCUGACAUCCUCGGGACCCUCCAUUCUCUUGUAGCCUUUUUACGCACGCUUCCUUUACCACCGACGCAUCCAACCCACCCUGCCGCACCGGCGAUCCAGGCUGCAUUGAAGGAGGCACAGAAAGGAUACGGAGAUAUGCGUGGCGCAUGGGGAAAGAAAUGCUUGGAAGUCUACGGGAAACGGGUGGUGGAGCGUGCAGGGACCAUCGAUGGUGUUGCAACCGCGCGGGAGUUUGCGAAGUAUAUUGACAACAUCAUGAGCAUCGCAGAUGCCGAAUACGCUUUACUUCUCACUCUCGCCCCUCUUACAGCUCCUGCCUCAAUAAACAGCACCUAUACGACCCUCCUGAACCCGCUCUGUUCCCUGUUCUCCUCCACUCUCUCCUCCCUCAGCUCGCUGAUCAAACGCGAUCUCACCAAGAACACACCCAUGGCACUGUCACUCUACUCCUGUCUGAAUGCAGUGCAGGAGCAGUGGGAGGAGACGAUGGUCCGCCGAGCCGGCCGACGCGAGAACGAGCUGAAGGACGGCAUGCAGGCCAUGAAGGCCACCUGCCAGCGGAGUUUCCCUGAGUUGUUGGCGGAUAUCAAGUUGGCGGCAGGCAGCAGUCGCGGAGAGCUCAGCACCGGUAUCAUUGAUACCACCAUGUCGACGGUCGAGUACAUCGAGCGCCUGCCCGACGUACGGGAACCUGUGUGCGCUAUGCUGCUCAGUCUCGGUGAUGGCAACUGGAAGAUGGGCGAGGGCGCUCAAGUUGCGAAGACUGCACGACAAGACAUCGACGAGAACACGAUUCUUCAGCACUUUACAUUCGACCUCGUCAAUAUGACGCUGAACACGCUGCAGGCACUUGCCAACUCCAACCGACGGCCCGCCUUCGGGUCCAUCUUCCUCCUCAACAACGUCUCUUACCUCAUCACACGCCUCCUCACGCGGCCAUCUUCGCCAACAUCCCCCGGCCUACUCUCGAAACCCGCUCAGGACAUCCUCAAGUCGAACUUCCGCACCGCCAAGGCGGCGUACUUCGACUCGAACUUCAGCCCAAUGCUGCAGACGCUCACCGACGACGGGAACAAGAGCAAGAGUGCGAUCAAGGAGAAGUUCACGCGUUUCUUCGAUCUGUUCGAUGAGACCACGGAGCGCCACCAGCUGGCGAGGGUGCUGCAUGACGAUGAGGAGGCGCGCGCGCAGGUCAGCGAGGAGGCGGUCAAGCUAGUCGUGCCGUCGCUGCAGAAGUUCAUACAGAAGAACCUCGGGAAGGAGUUCAGUAAAAGUGAGUUCACAGAUAUCAAGAUGUCAGCUGAAGAAGUGGAGGCACUCAUCAAGAGCUUUUAUCUGGAUGGCAUGCCUCCACCAGCAGAACGCGAGACGAAUAAUCUGCUUAUCCAAGCAGGCUGGAGCCGCUAA